AUGGCAUUACUGCUUGAUGGAAGAGACAUUGACAUUUUGUUGAGGUCUUGUCAAAAAGAAGCAAUUCUCGAUCGGCCCGUUGAAGAAGUUUCAAAGCAACAACUUCGACGGGUAUCGGAGUCGUUUAUCAAAAGUUUGGCCAGGAAAUUCCCAUUUGUAUCGAACUUCAAACUCUCGUCUGCUAGCAAAUGUGUGUUUGAAGAACUAAGAGAUUCCUCCCUUGUAAAUGAUGCACCUGCUGAACAGCUUGAGCAGGAACCAGAGACACUCUUCAUCGAUCUGUUGUCAUUGGAGUAUACUCCUCCGUCAAAAAUAGAAAAGCUUAUACCCAUCCAUGUUGUGAAAAUGUAUAUACUGGUGUUUCGAGUACUACUACUAUUGAGCAUUGCCGUCAUGUACUUAUCAGAAGCAAUAUUUGAGUUGGGUCUUGCACGAGACCCAGCAAAUGUUGGUAGAGCCUGUAUUUUAUCGGCUCUUUAUCGUAACGUCAUCGAUCUAUCAGUGAGCCUGACGAAUGCCGUAGCUCGUAGCGUCACGAAUUUCGAGAGUGAAAUGUCGAAGGCUGAGAGCAUCGACUCUGCACUGAAACUGCAGAAGGAUGUCGUGUUCCAGAUAUUAGCGGAAAGUGGCCUGAAUCAGUGGAGAAAGGUGGCUUACUUGAAACGGCUUGUGUAUUUGGUCACUCGCUUGGGAGUGAACGGAUUAUUGCAAUCGACAACGCUCUCUGAAGACUAUUACGUCAUUCUGGAAGACGUGGAAUCAAUGCAACUUGUUGAGUGA